CGGCUUUUGGCCAGAUGGAUGAAAAUAUUGAGACAAAAGAACGUUUUUUCGAAAAGCAUAAGCUUGAAUGGGAGUUACGCCAACGUGAGGAAGAAAUCGCUGAGCUCCAGAAGGCCCUGAGUGACAUGCAGGUUUAUCUCUUCCAGGAGAGAGAUCAUGUCUUAAGGCUCUUUGCUGAAAAUGACCGCCUGAAGAUACAAGAACUGGAAGAUAGAAAAAGAAUCCAGCAUCUGUUAUCAUUAUCAAGCCCAUCAGGUCCUGAAGUGACAUACUUCCACAAAGAACCAUCAACGCGGGCAAUUGUCACACAGAAACACCCACAAAAGAGACAUCCACAUGCAGAGGGUGAAAUAUUGGGUUUAAAAGCCGAAGUGCCAAGCAGACCACAGAACAACAGAACACGGAGGAAUGCACAACACAGAGUUACUGCUAACCAGCAGCAGGCAGAGCCAGAGAGUCUGUUGCUACAGAUUGAAGCUCUACAAUCUCAGAUGAAGGAACAAGCUGAGCUAUCUAGAGAGCAGACGGAAGCCUUGCUGGAGGAUCGUAGGGUCAGGAUGGAAGAGAUGCAGACUGUGAUUGAGAGAGAUCGCUCCAAGAUUCACUCCCUCAAUGAAAAGUUACAUCGUACACAGCAGAUGUUGUAUGACAGCACUAAGGACUAUCUAGAGCUGAAGUAUGAAGGACGAUCUCAGGAGCGAGUCUGGAUGGCAGAGAAGGACCGUCUACUACAGGAGCUGGAUCGAUGUAAGGAACAACUAGAUGUCUCCAAAGAUGACGUCUUAGUCAUCUCAGAUCAUGCACUGGAAGAGAGACAAACACAGAACUUGGAAAUUGAGGAUAAGACGGAAAAGCUUGCUAAGCGUUUACACCUGAUGAACCAGCGGUAUGAGGCCAUGGAGAAGCGACGGAAUCUGGAGAUAGAAGGUUUCAAGAAUGAUACCCGAAUCUUGAGAAACCAACUCAAGGAUGUUGAGAAGCAACUCUACAAGGUGACAGUGGGUGUUGGGGAAGAUGGUGAUAUGUUCAUGCUGCAUAAUAUUCAUCAGACAGCUAAGAGAUCAAAGAAGAUGCAGAGUGAGCUACUUCAACUCAAGGCUCUGAUCUAUGGCGUGGAAACAGACCUCAGGAAUCUCUAGUAAUACACACAAUCACCCCUCACUGUGUCUCCACAUUUGAUCAAAUGACUUAUAACUUUGGGAAGCCUCAUUCUCUGUUUGAAGAUGCAUAGGAUCUUGUGAUAUUUGUGCCUUUUGGGUUUUUUUUUUUGAAGCAAAAACAAAAUUGCUCCAAAUCUUAAGUUAGAUCCAUAACAACUUACCUGUUGAAGUUAUAGCUGAGUGGAUACUGUACAUCUUGAGAAUACAGGGAAACCUUAUCAAACUUUCAAUCAAAUUGGACAUAGGACUUCGUUGCUAUUGUCUUUCCCACCAAGGCCUAUGCAUAAACAUUUUAUUGUGCCAAGUGAAUAGAAAAAGUGAACCUUUUUGCCACCCUGGGUCAAAAAUCUGAUAUUCACAAGAACAGUGCAUGUAUGUCUGAUGUUAUUAAUAAUUGACUUGUCUGACAACUUAAGAUUAGAAACAGUUGGAGGAGAUCCUAUAAAUCCACCGAUGCUAGCAUGCUGAUAGUUCAGCUGCUGUAUUCGCUGUUCUUGUGAACGAUUUCAAACAUUUAGAGAAAAAGGCUCCUUUUUGUUCAUGUGCUACGUGAGAACUGAUGUCACUUUGUCACUUUAGUACGAAUGGCCGGUUGUUCUGCGUAGAAUAGUAACAGUACUAACAUAACAAUGCCCACAUGUACAGUUACUUUGGUUACUUAAAACUGGAGAGAGUUUGUUGUAUUUGUUAUCUCACAGGAACCUUGACAUGAAAAGGCUCCAUUAUAUUGUGGGGGCAAUGUAUACUGCCAAAAUAGUCAAUGUUUUGAAAUUGAAUCUGUUUAAAAUGGAGGCAAUAACUACUGAAAUUGCAUGCCAGUAUGUUCAGAUGUUAUUGAAGUAAUGCUUGUGCAGCUCACAUAUGGGUUUACUGCGCACAGCAAAGACUUCUCAAAUGCGAUACUUUGGGUACACUAUGGUAAGGCCCAAGGAGGACACAAAGUGGACAUCGCUUUUCUGCUGUCAGAAGAGCAGAUAACAGAAGUAUGGCCAUUUUCCGACAAUACAUUUUUCAUUUUGUAACUUUGUGAUGUGGAAGCUCUUUAAGGGGGAACGCCUAAAAAACCCUGUUAACCUACACUCAAAGAAAAAUGAAACGGUGCUUAUUUUUCUCAGAAGCACCGUUUCAUUUUCCUUUUAACCAAAAGCAGAAUACAAAUGGUAGUUACCAAAGGUUCGUUUUGCUUUUCUGGUUCUAAGAAAUGAGAAAAGCAAAAAACAAAAAUAUACAUUUUGGGUAGCACAAAAGCAGGAAAUGGAAACGUCAGAAACGGUUUGAUCUGAUUUUUGAACAAGAGAAAAGCAGAUGUCCACUUUUUCUCCCUCCAGCAAGGGAGGAAAAGCAAAAUCUGCAUUUCAGGUAGCAUAAAAGCACUACAGUGGAUUUUAUUAAACAGUAAAUUCUGCAUUUAUGGUAGCACAAAGGCGGGAAAGCAGAACAAAAUGAACCAUUCAAAAAAUACUCAAUCUGCUAUUCUGACAGCAGAAACGCAGAUGUCCACGUUUUGUCCUCGAUGACUACAUGAACAGUCCUGUUCAUUUCAGAAUGGUAAAUAGUGCCCUCUUCUCACCAUCUAGUUUGCAAGUUGUCCUUCAAUACCCAUUUGUUGUUCCAAACAUUUGUGUCAAGCUUGUUAUUCCAAUUAACUAUGCACAAAAAGUACAUGUAUUGGGGUCAUGUCCUGCAUGUUGUUCUAAUGUAGGAGAGAUGUACAAAGUAGUGUAUGCAAUGAAGUCACAUGUAUUCUACCAUACAAUCUUAUAUUGGUGUCCAAUAUCAAUAGGUCUCAUUCAAAUGACGUCAUUUCCUACAGACCAGCCACAUGCAUCAACAUUUUGAGCAUCAACUGAAUAACGCACAUCGGCUGUGUCGUAUUUCAAACACAUUUCAAGCAAGAAGCGCGUGUGUUUGGAACAUUUUUAACACUGCGCAAUGCGUGCUUGAUUGCGUAAAAUAAGCAAUCAAGAGAUGACCGUCAUUGAGUGAGCCCUAUUGAUAUGCUUGGCAGUAAGGAUUGAACAGAGAGAUUAUUUUAUGCAACUGUUAAUAUCUUUUGGAAUUUUUGCAGUGAAAUACUUUUUAAAAUAAGUUGGCUAUUUUAAGGACUUUAUUUUUAUGGUGAAGGAUUUUGGAAUUAAAUGUAGAAUAUUAAAAGGAUCUAUGCAAGCUUUCAGAACAAA